AAAAAAAAAAAGCCCACUAUACCCGUCUUGUGCGCAGACUCAGUCACAGAGGAAGAGUCAGAACUCGCGUCCCACAGAGGAUUUCUCAGCUGCUUAAAAAGCUCUUAGGAGCUCAUCAUCACCUGUAAAGCUGUAUAAGUAUCGGGUUGACGGGACCGAAGGAAGUGGUGCGUCGUACGGGGAGCUGCCUGCUGAAAUCGCCAUGAGUUACAAACCCAUUGCUCCUGCACCAUCUGGCUCUAACCACACUCCACCGGGGUCUUCUGUGCCCUCUCCAUCUCUUCCGUCAUCGUCCAACUUCAGACCAGCCUUCAGUGACUUCGGCCCGCCCUCCAUGGGCUUCGUUCAGCCUGUGAAAGUAUCCCAAGGGUCCACCUACAGUGAGCUCCUGUCUGUCAUUGAGGAGAUGAGCCGUGAGAUCAGGCCCACAUACGCCGGGAGCAAGAGCGCUAUGGAGAGGCUAAAGAGAGGUAUAAUCCAUGCGCGUGCACUGGUCAGGGAGUGUCUGGCAGAGACGGAGAGAAGCGCCCGCACAUAACCUUUUGGACAAAUCCCUUCACCUGGCACUCUUUCCCUGCUGAAGCCCACCCUCAUUGUGAUCCCCACUGGAUGUUUUGCAACUGUUUUUCUUUUUCUUUUUUUUUUUUAUUAAAUCCUUCCUCUUUACACUGGCUUUUUAUAGGUGCAUUAUGUCCCGUUGUCCAUUCACAGCAUUUUGCCACAUCCAUUUUGGUAAAGACAAACUUUCUGCAGCCUGUGGGGCGUAUGCAAAAGAAAAUUUUAUACCUAUUUUAAAAGUGUGGGGAAACAUUUUUAGGUCAAGCUGGGGAUACUAAUGUGGAUGGGAAUGUUUAUAUUUGUUCAGUCGUGGCAGUUGACCAAGAAAGUUGGCUUUUUUUAAUGAUGUCCACACUGUACCAAUGCUCCAGUGUUGAUUUUGAACAUCCAGUUUUCAACCAAUGAGUAUUUUGUUAUUCUGUACAUCUUGAAUAUCCUCCUGUUCCUUUCACCUGUGUUUUGUUUUCCAUAUUUUGUAAACACACAUCAGACAUUUCUCAUUCCCAAGAACUCUGUACAUCUCAUGUGAGUUUGUUAGUAUGAAAAUUUUGUAAACCAGAUUUUUUGAAAUUCGGUAUGUAUAAAUUAAAAAAUAGCCAAAAAAAUUGUAAAAUAUUGUUUAGGUUUCUAAGAUGUUACAGUAAUUUUAUCAAACAAAAAUGAUGACAUCUUUC